AAGUAAAAAUAUAAUAACAUGCAAAUUUUUAAAUUUUUAAUACUAACCGCACAAAUGCACAGGCUAUAUAUUAGUUCUCUUUAAUGUCAGGGGUGCCCUGUUUUGUCAUUUCCGCAUUUCCCCAAAAACCGCGCGCCCCAACCGUCGAUCCUCCCGAAAACCCAACUCGCCCAUGCGGCCAUGCGCACGUUCGGAAGUGUUGAGUAUGCGAGGAAGGUUUUUGGGGAAAUGCAGAAGAGGGACGUGGUGUCUUGGACGUCCAUGAUCUCGGCGUUUGCACAGCGUGGCAUGUGGAAUGAUGCGUUGAGGUUUCUUGCCGAGAUGCAGGCAGAUGGGAUUGCUCCCAACAAAGUCACGAUUAUAAGCUUGCUGUCUGCUUGUGGGCGUGGGCAGGCUGUUGACAGAGGAUGCUGGGUGUAUGGUCUGCUUGGUGAAUAUGGAAUUGAGGCUGAUGUGGAUAUAGGAAAUGCAGUCGUAAGCAUGUACGCGAAAUGUGGGUGCAUGUCUGAUGCUUUGGAGGCAUUUAAGGUCAUGCCUGCAAGAAAUACUAAAUCAUGGAACGCGCUGAUCGAUGGUUUUGUGCAAAAUAAGAAGCAUAAAGAAGCAUUGAAAAUGUUUGAAGAGAUGUUAUCAAGUGACUUCAAUCCUGAUGCUGUAACACUUGUAAGUAUUUUAUCAGCCUGCACUCAGCUUGGUGAUCUUCAGCAAGGGAGGAAUCUCCACAGUUACAUAAGAAGCAGUGGGAUCUGUUGUGACACCAUCCUUACAAAUUCUUUGAUUAACAUGUAUGCCAAAUGUGGCGAUAUGGCAGCAGCAGAAGUGGUUUUCAAGGCUAUGAAACAGAGGGAUGUUGUUUCAUGGACAACUAUGGUUUGUGGUUAUGUGCAGGACCGGCAAUUUACAGCGGUCUUCAUCUUUUUUGAAGAGAUGAAGGUUGCAGGGAUUUUAGCAAGUGAAAUGGCACUGGUUAGUCUGCUUUCUGCUUGUUCACAGCUUGGAGCACUUGAUAGAGGAAGGGAGAUACAUGCUUAUGUAGAAGAAAUGAACAUAAAACGAGAUGUAUUCCUAGAAAGCGCCCUGGUGGAUAUGUAUGCAAAAUGUGGCUCCAUCAAUAUGGCUGGUGAAAUAUUUAGCAACAUGCAGCAUAAACAAACCCUCACAUGGAAUUCUAUGCUCGGAGGUCUUGCAAGUAAUGGGCAUGGGAAAGAAGCAGUCCAGCUCUUUGACCAAAUGCUGAAGUUUGGAGAUCCCAAACCUGAUGGUAUUACAUUCAAGACAGUCCUUGGUGCCUGUGCUCAUGUGGGAAUGGUUAGCGAGGGACUCUGUUAUUUCCAUUCCAUGCCUGGCUUUGGUAUUGCCCCUGAUAUUGAGCACUUUGGUUGCAUAGCAGACCUCCUAAGUAGAGCUGGCCUACUAGAAGAAGCAUUUGAGUUCAUAAAGAAGAUGCCAAUAGAUCCUAAUCCUGUAAUUUGGGGAUCACUUCUUUCAGCCUGCAGAUUUCAUGACAAAAUGGAUUUAGUGAGGAGAGUCAGGCAACACGUUAUUAAAUUAGCUCCUAAUGAUGUGGGGACACAUGUGAUGAUCGCAAACUUAUACGCUGAAGGUGGUCUGUGGGAUGAUGUACAGCAAAUAAGAGAGCAGAUGGGAAGCAGGGGUAUAGAGAAGUCACCUGGUUACAGCUCCAUCCAAGUCUAAACCUUCAUAAUGUAUUUUAACACAGUAUGUGAUCCGCCUAUAAGGCAAUACACAAGGCUGACAGGAGCAAUGCCAACCAGUGCAGUUUCUGUUUCACAAGACAUCAGGCACCACGUCUCAAUUUCCAUUAACCUGUGUAUGUGUUCUUGUAUUAUUUUGGGGAUCAACACUGCCUAAAUCAUUUGCUUGGAUAAUGUUCAUGGACACAAUUGAAGCUGUGACAAGAAGAAGGCAUGUAAAAUAUGCUCACGCCGACAUUCGUCUUUCUCCAACCUUACAAGUCCAAGAGGCAAAACUGCAACCAGCCCUUCUCUGUACAUUGAUUUCAGUUUUCGUAUUGCUGGAAAAGACAGUUCUUCAGCUCUCAGAAGGCUGAGAUUAAAGGCCAAGCUCCAUAAAGAGUCAGUGUUCUUCCAUUCUGCAAGCUGCCCAGAAUAAGUCCAAUAAUUAGGAUGCAGGCAUUAGAGACAAAGCUACAAUAAGCCUUUGGUGUACUUCACGUGUGGAAGCUGCCUCCAUCAAACAUUCUUUACUGUCAUACAAUGGGGCUUCAAAACAGCAUAGACUGCUGGAAAGUGAGUAAUUUUUUCAGUUUUCCAGGAACUUGGGAAAUAUUCAAACACCAUUAUAUGCCAGAAGACGAAUGUAGCAUUUCUGAUCAGAGUUCUAAAGUCUUACCCCUUUUAGAUGAUGAAACGGUCCUAGUUGAAUGACAGAUGGAGCAUGUACUUCAUGGUGGCCAUUCACCUGCCAUGGUGGAUCCGAGGUGAACCAGGCUCGAUUAACUGUCGCAAAUAAGCAGAUGGUGAUACCGAAUGAUGCCUCCAUGCUGCUAGUAAGGAUCAUGAGUCCAUGAGGAACACAGCCUUAGACGGCACAAUGGGCUGAUGGUACCGCACCCUUCGUACUGAAGGCAAAUGGUAGCGAUCUGUUAUUCAAGCCCCUUGCCUAGCGAGAUAGUAGCAGUAUAAAGUAAGUUCUAUUUAUCUUUUACAUGUGCUGUCGAAAUGUUGCUCGGCGAGUUUAGGAGCAAGGUUGGAUCGUUAGCAAAGGAGUUAAUGGCUUCUACUUCUACAUGCCUAGUAUGCUAGAAUCACCCCUAACUGGAUGCCACACAGCUCAAUCUGCUGAAUGCUCGUGUCAGAGAACAGGAACCCAGGCCCGUGCCUGUUGCGUCAAGUUAUCUACAGUAAGAUUAUGCAGCUUUGGGAGUGGUAGCGUAGGGUAGGGAUGCAGCCUGACUGUUUAACCCUUCUGUGGCAUCUUUCCAAUUUGGGCAGCGAUGUGCUGGCCAAUGAUCCCAA